ACAUCUUAAAAAUAUCAACAGUUGACGGAUCACAUGUAAAUUGUCGUAAAUGCAAUGCACAUGUACAAAUUAGUAACGAUGUAUGUUAUAUGCAUUAUACAUUAAUUUUAUGUCAAUUUCAAUUAGUGCCAUCAAAAUUACCAGAAUGAAAGAGGAGGACGAGAUAAAACCAACAACGUAUUCUACGUCUGAAAAAAUUAUCAAAACUGUAGUUUUGGUUUUAACAUGGGUGAUGAUUGGAUUGUUUACAGAAAUAACUGGACCCACUCAGAAAGAUCUGAUAAUUAAAACAGAUUCAGAUUAUGAACUAGUAUCGCGUGCAAUUUCCGGUAGGAGUGUUGGGUAUUUUAUAGGAGCAGUAAUUGGUGGACCUCUUGUUGACAAAUUAGGAAAAUACUGUGAUUUGAUGAUUGCUGUUUGUUUAGAUGGAGGGGCAAUAGCUACAAUAAUAGCACCCUAUUGUACAGACAUCUCCUUACUAUGGUUUCUUUUUGUCCUCGCUGGUACUUUUGAAGGCGUAAUAAAUAUAGCUGGACAGAAAAUAAUACUUAAUCUUUGGAAAGAGAAAGCUACAGGACCGUUACAUGUAUUACACUUCGGAUUCGGAAUGGGUUCAUUUAUUGUUCCUCAGAUUGCUAAUCCGUUCUUGGCAGUUUUGGCGCCAUCUGGAGGCAAUAGCACAAAUACAACCAUUGCUCCAUCCGUUACACCGCCGCUUAUAUCAUCAACGAUAGCAUCAUCGGCAGAAACAGACAUUUAUCUGAAAGAAUCGCGGAUUGAAUCAGCUUAUCUAAUUGUUGGCAUAAUAGUUGCCUCAUUAUCAAUAGUCUUUUAUAUUUACCAGUUUUGUUGUCGACAAAUUUCGGAGGAAGAAAAAGAAUCGAAUGAAAAAGAAACAAUGGUAAGAAAAGUAGUAAAAGUUGUUGACCCAGCAACCUGUGCAAAUGGGGACCGUUGGUUUGGAGUUCAGGUCUUUGUUCUCUUAUUUUUGUAUUUUUUCAAUGCUGUAGGGGGCGAACGGUUAUAUGGGAAAUUUAUACGAAGUUAUGCAAUUGACAAACAUAAGUUUUCUGGAGAUGAUGGUUCAUUAAUCAACACAGAAUUUUGGAUUUGUUUUGCCAUAGGCAGAUUUGUGGGUUUAUUCACCGGUAGAUUUAUUCCAAUACGAGUACUUAUACUGAUUGAGGUUUUCGGUGCCUUAGUAACGGCGGUUCUUCUGGAAAUAUUUGCCAGGGAAAGUGACCUUGCUUUAUGGAUUUUAACAGCACCUAUGGGAUUUUUCGUGGCUCCUCUUUUUCCAUCAGGCAUUGGGUGGGGUGAUUUUCAUGUUGAAUUUACUGGCUCUGCUAUAACAUUCGUUCUCAUGGGAGGUGCUUUAGGUGGAAUGUCUUACUUAUGGGUAAUUGGAUAUCUCUAUGAAUAUCAAGGUUACGAUAUGUUUCUCCAUCAAAUGGUAGGGUAUGGUGGCAUUGUAGUAUUUUUUACAAUUCUCUUGACAAUAGUUGGUAUGCGACAUGGUGGACGAUUUGAAACAAAAGGAGCAAAUGACUACGAUAACGAAAUGGACGUAAAAGGGAACGAAGCAGAUGAUAUGAAAAUUGAACAGCAGGGCCUUGGUGUUCACGUUAUUUCAAAAGAGGACGAUGACCAACAGAGUCCUCCAAAUUAUGCAGAUGUUGUUUCGUACACAAAUAAUGUUGAUACCUCAUCUGAAACUGACGGUUAUUCUAAUACAUAUAUGUGAAAUAAGACUGUGCAAAAGAAGAUUUGUAUCUUGACUGCAGUUGGAACUAAUCAUAUCUUAUAUGCAACAAUGAAACGUAGUGUAAUUAAAUAGAGCAAAUAUAUAUGUAUACACCCACAGAAUUGCAUGAUUUAAAUGCAUAAUUGAAAAUAAAAUAAACAAAGCUGGCUGCAAUGUCAAGGGAGAUAAGCAACGUCUAAUCGAA